GCGAGCGGGAUCUUCACUGAGCAACACGCGAGAAUGAAACAAACUUUACGCACGCACACGUAGGGACAGAAGAAGGCAUCGGCGCACGGGGAAGGGAGAACUGACCAUUUUUCAUUGACCAGAACAAAAAUCUCCUCUCUUGUCCACAUCCAGUCACUGUUUUUGGUCACUACUCUGCCGCUCCUCCGGAGCUGAAGGCACAUUGCACUUGUACGGGAGAGUGUGUGGAUGGAACGCCGCUAAGGUGCUCAGUUAACACGGACUUCUAUCUUUUGAGUCUUGCCAUGGAAGUGUUGGUCAGACGCGGGGAAACGUGUGGACUGCAAGGAGGACAAGACGACUAAGUACCCCCAAAUUCUCAGACCGGUGUCCCACAUCCGAGCAGGGAUCAUGCCUGAUUCAUACGCUCUCCGCUGCACUGGACUUCCCAACUGACUGUUUCUCUCUGAAAUGUGCACUAUUUCUUCAAUUACAUCUGAACUCGCUUUGGUUUCUCAACUUUCUUAUACGGUGAAAGGGGGUCAAUGAUGAGCAUCACAGAGAAGGCCUGGUGUGGACUUGUUUAAUCCUGAACUUUGAAGCACAAACCCUGUCCACGGACCACCAGAGCCAUGGCAUGUGCUCUGUGGAAGUUACCCACCCUCUGCUGGUUCAUCCUUACCUUAGCCCAAGUCCACUCUACAGAGGGGUUUAGCCGGGCUGCCUUGCCGUUUGGCCUGGUGCGGAGGGAGCUGUCAUGUGAGGGCUACCCCAUUGACUUACGCUGUCCAGGAAGUGAUGUCAUCAUGAUCGAAAGUGCCAACUACGGCCGCACGGAUGACAAGAUCUGUGACGCCGACCCCUUCCAGAUGGAGAACAUCAACUGCUAUCUUCCAGACGCCUACAAGAUCAUGUCACAAAGAUGCAACAAUAGAACCCAGUGCAUUGUAAUCACAGGGUCGGACGUCUUCCCUGACCCCUGUCCAGGAACCUACAAGUACCUGGAGGUCCAGUAUGAGUGUGUCCCCUACAUUUUUCUUUGUCCUGGGACUCUGAAAGCUGUUGGUGAUCCUUCAUUUCUGUUUGAAGCGGAGCAACAAGCCGGCGCCUGGUGUAAAGACCCCCUUCAAGCCGGUGAUAAAAUCUACUUCAUGCCUUGGACUCCUUAUAGGACAGACACACUAAUAGAAUACUCCUCAUUGGAUGAUUUCCAAAACGCGAGGCAAACUAUCACGUACAAACUGCCCCACCGAGUAGACGGAACUGGAUUUGUGGUCUACGACGGCGCUGUGUUUUUCAAUAAGGAACGUACGCGCAACAUUGUGAAGUUUGACCUGCGGACUCGAAUCAAAAGUGGAGAAGCCAUCAUCAACAACGCCAAUUACCAUGACACAUCGCCGUACAAGUGGGGCGGAAAGACGGACAUCGAUUUGGCUGUGGAUGAAAAUGGCCUUUGGGUGAUUUACGCCACGGAGCAGAACAACGGCAUGAUGGUGAUCAGUCAGUUGAACCCUUACACCUUACGAUUCGAGGCAACUUGGGACACGGCCUAUGACAAACGCUCAGCUUCCAACGCGUUCAUGAUCUGUGGAGUUUUGUAUGUAGUGCGCUCGACCUACGAAGAUAAUGAGAGUGAAGUCAGCAAGAGCCUGAUUGAUUAUAUUUACAACACCAAACAGAACCACGGGGAAUAUGUAGACAUCCACUUUCCCAACCAGUACCAGUACAUCGCUGCAGUGGAUUACAAUCCCAGAGAUAAUCAGCUCUAUGUAUGGAAUAAUUUUUACGUCCUGAGAUACAAUCUGGAGUUUGGCCCACCUGAUCCAGCUCACGCAGCUCCCACAUUGUCUGAAACAGUCACGUCUCCUGUGCCCAUGAGGACCACCACCACCACCACAACAAGCACUGUGCACAGAGUGUCCGGCAACACCACGGUCACCACUGUCAUAAAGGGGGGCAACCGAGGAGCCGCCAAGCAACCCCCUCAAACCACCUCCCCUCCAACCACCCAGUCCUUACCCCUCCCUGUGCGCUUCUGUGAGGCCACGGAGAAGAGAGACAUCAUGUGGCCCCAGACCCAGAGGGGCAUGCUGGUGGAGCGGCCCUGCCCCAAGGGAACCAGAGGCACAGCGUCUUAUUUAUGUGUCCUCUCCACUGGGGCCUGGCACCCGAAGGGCCCUGAUCUCAGCAACUGCACCUCCCACUGGGUCAACCAAAUCGCCCAGAAGAUUCGGACCGGGGAGAAUGCGGCGAACUUGGCGAAUGAGCUCGCCAAGCACACCAAAGGGCCCAUCUACGCGGGCGACGUCAGCUCCUCCGUGCGUCUGAUGGAGCAGCUGGUGGACAUCCUGGACGCACAGCUGCAAGAACUCCGGCCAAGCGAGAAGGAUUCAGCAGGACGGAGCUUCAACAAGGCCAUAGUGGACACAGUGGACAACCUGCUCCGGCCAGAAGCUCUGAAGUCCUGGCAUGACAUGAACAGCACGGAGCAGACCCACGCAGCCACCAUGCUCCUGGACACUCUGGAGGAGGGGGCUUUUGUGCUCGCAGACAACCUCAUGGAGCCUGCUAUAGUCAAAGUACCAGCAGACAACAUCAUCUUGGACGUGUAUGUACUCAGCACCGACGGCCAAGUCCAGGAUUUUAAGUUUCCACAGUCGAGCAAAGGGGGGAUCUCCAUCCAGCUGUCAGCCAAUACAGUAAAACUCAACAGCCGUAAUGGAGUCGCCAAACUUGUCUUCGUGCUGUACAAAAACCUGGGCCAGUUCCUGAGCACUGAAAACGCCACGAUCAAAAUGGCCAAUGAGGUUUACGGGCGCAACGUCUCUGUGGCUGUCAACUCAGACAUCAUCGCUGCUUCAAUCAACAAGGAGUCCAGCCGCGUGUUCAUUAACGAGCCUGUGGUCUUCACCCUGGAGCACAUUGACAUGGAGCACUACUUCAACUCCAAUUGCUCGUUCUGGAAUUACUCGGAGCGGAGCAUGAUGGGAUACUGGUCGACUCAGGGCUGUAAACUGGUGGACUCCAACAAAACCCACACCACCUGCUCCUGUAGCCACCUCACCAACUUUGCAAUACUGAUGGCACACCGUCAACUGGCUGUGAACAACAGGGUGCACGAGCUGCUCCUGACGGUGAUCACGCGUGUGGGCAUCGUGGUGUCUCUGGUGUGUCUCAGUAUCAGUAUCUUCACCUUCUGCUUCUUCAGAGGCCUGCAGAGUGAUCGCAACACCAUCCACAAGAACCUGUGCAUCAACUUGUUCAUCGCAGAGCUCAUUUUCCUCAUUGGCAUCGACAUGACCGAACCCAGGAUCGGAUGUGCCAUCAUCGCGGGAAUUCUCCACUUCUUCUUCGUGGCUUCCUUCACCUGGAUGUGUCUGGAAGGGGUCCAGCUGUACCUCAUGCUCGUGGAGGUCUUUGAAAGCGAAUACUCUCGGAAAAAGUACUAUUACGUGUCUGGCUACCUCUUCCCCGCAAUAGUGGUCGGCGUGUCUGCUGCUAUCGACUAUGGGAGCUAUGGGACUAACAAAGCGUGCUGGCUAAGUGUGGAUAAUCAUUUCAUAUGGAGUUUCAUAGGACCUGUCACCUUUAUCAUCAUGCUCAACCUCAUCUUCCUGGUCAUCACAAUGUACAAAAUGGUGAAGCACUCCACCACCCUGAAACCAGACUCAAGUCGACUGGAGAAUAUAAAGUCUUGGGUGAUGGGUGCUUUCGCUCUGUUGUGUUUGCUGGGUCUGACGUGGUCCUUCGGCCUCUUCUUCAUCAACGAGGCCUCCAUCGUCAUGGCGUACCUCUUCACCAUCUUCAACACUUUCCAAGGAAUGUUCAUCUUCAUCUUCCACUGUCUUCUGCAGAAAAAGGUCCGCAAAGAGUACAGCAAGUGCUUCCGCCACACGUACUGCUGCGGAGGCCUGCCCACCGAGAACUCCCACAGCUCAGCCAAAACCUCCACCACCAGGACAAGUGCCAGAUACUCCUCUGGGACACAGAGUCGAAUCAGGAGAAUGUGGAAUGACACCGUAAGAAAGCAAUCGGAGUCCUCCUUUAUCUCAGGUGACAUCAACAGCACCUCCACCCUCAACCAAGGGCACUCACUGAACAACGUGGUGAGGGAUACAAGUGCAAUGGAUACACUACCGCUAAAUGGUAACUUUAACAAUAGCUACUCGCUACGCAACGGCGACUUUGGCGACAGUGUGCAGGUAGUAGACUGCGGCCUGAGUCUGGAUGACGCUGCCUUUGAGAAAAUGAUCAUCUCUGAAUUAGUACACAACAACCUGCGUGCCUGUAACAAGAGCCACCCACCCCCACCGCCCCCACAGCAGCAGCAGCAGCACCUGAGUUUACACCACCCGCCCCGGCCCCGCGCGCCCCCGCAGUACCACCACCGGCACCACACGGAGCGGGCUCCGCCGAGGGUGACCGUGGUGGGCGGCAGCAGCAGCGAGGACGACGCCAUCGUGGCCGACGCCACGUCCCUGGUGCACGACCCUGUGGGCCUGGAGCUGGAGGCUCCGCUCAUCCCCCAGAGAACUCACUCUCUCCUGUACGCCCCCCAGAGGAAGGGCAGGGCGGACGUGGACGAGGACACCUACACCACACAGCUCACCACCACCACCAACACAGAGGACAGCCCCCAGUCCCCUAACAGAGACUCACUAUACACGAGCAUGCCAAAUCUGAGGGACUCUCCUUUCCCCGAGAGCAGCCCUGACGUGGUGGACGACCUGUCCCCGUCCAAAAGGAGCGAGGCUGAGGACACUUUCUACAAGAGCAUGCCCAACCUGGGCUCCAGCAACCAGCUCCAGGCCUACUACCAGAUAGGCCGAGGGAGCAGUGAUGGCUAUAUUAUCCCCAUCAACAAAGAGGACUGCAUCCCCGAAGGCGACGUACGGGAAGGACAGAUGCAGUUAGUGACAAGCCUUUAAAUGUAUUGAAAUCAGCCCCGUCCCCUCGUCCUUUUGCAGCCCCUGCCUCUGAGAGGACACUCCAGUCAAGCUACCCGGGCGCAGGUUUUAUUUUUAACAGAGCUUAGCAGCCCCUGGGCAUCGCCACCUUUUGGAGCCUCACCUCCCCCAUCUGCGUUGCCAUCUCGAUUCAGACAUGCCACUCGACCCACUUUGUCCUCAGACCAACAGACUCUGAUGGCAUUGCAAAGUUCUAGACUGUACAUACAAUGCAGAGUGGAAUUUAAAUUUAAAGAGACAAACCAACUAUGUAUUUAAAUGUGCUGCUGCUGUUGAAUAAAUGAAUUUUAAAGUACAACAGUAAUAAACACUAAAAAGGCCAAAAACAUAAAAUGGUACACUGAAUCAGAAAUCUCCCAAUCUAAAGGCUGUACAUACAUUCACGUCCAUCUUUAUGAAAUCCUGGUUUUAUUGUAGACAAACAGCACACACGGAUCAGCACACGGACUCACAUAUUCCCUCAGACUUUUAAAGGUGUGGGAAUAUGCAGGCCCAGUCACUCCCAUCACAUGAAGUUUGGAUUGUAUAACCACUAGCAAUCAAGCCCCUGGCCUUAUAUUUUCUCAACUGUACAUUUGAACUGUUGUCGAGGAAAUUGCUAAAUGAUAUAUUUUGUUGUAUUGCUAGUGUAAAAAUCCUGGGAGACAGUAAAUACGGAGAAACCUUUUACUUUCAAAAUUUUAACAUUUGAGAGACUAUUGUGUAGAAGGUGCACAUAUGUUAAACAGCGUGUCUAUGGUUUUAACACUUCAUUCAUGGUAGUAGAUUUGAGAGUUUAGGAAAAUAUGGAAGGUCCAACAAAUGGCAUACUCACCUUAUCCACUUGUGAACAGUGUUUUGCUUACGCCCAUUUAAGACUAUUGCUUUGAUUUCUAGUGGCAUUAGUAGAAUGGGAUAAACAGGUUAUAGGGUGAAUUGUACGCAUUGCACAGUUUUUUUGUGUAACUUAACUUUAUACCGGAGCGACGGGAAGAGAGACUGAAACUGACUUGACAAUAAAAACGUUGCUUUGAUAAAUGUAGUUCUUCCACCAGGUUUGAACCGUUUUAAUUUAUUGAAAAACUUUCCAAAUGGACGGAAAAUGUGUGAAUAUUUUCCAGCACUGGUAUAUUUGCUGUACUGUAGCUCAUUUUUUAUGUAAACAUAUUACCAAGGGGCUCAUCACUUAAGACUGAUGUAAAU